UCAAGAUUUCGCAAUAUGAAACACCUAGAGCGAGUGGAACGCGAGCAGUGCAGCCAAGUCGCUACCUUGUGGAGUGCUUUGCGUGAUUGCAACGAUGCGGGUGCAUCGAACAACUCGAGGAACUUAGUCGUGUUAAACGUCCUCGACUCACCGUUGCAAAUAGACAAUCUGCGGUGGCGAGGAUCGCACGACUCGCGGGUGCAAAAGUACAAUUAGAAAGACGUUUCGUGCACGUUGGUUGAGUACACGAGUAGAGACACUGGAUCUCUCGUUUGGCGCGAGAUUGAUACGGCAUUUGAAAGCCGUAUAUUGAGAGGUGCGGUGAUCAAUGUGGACUAUAUCGAGCCGCGACAAUUUUUAGAAGACGCUGGUGGUGUAGUGCUCGAGCGAGUGCGAGACAUUGUACAAAGACACGAUAGUGUGAAAAUGAACACUGCAUUUAAUGGCGCAUUUGUGACGAACGAUAAACGCGCGAACAAAAAUAUAAACACUAAAAAUAAUACUCUUUCGAGUGUCAAAUUUGAACGAGUGGUACGAGCAGUACGUUAUCGAACCCACGUUGGCGUCGCUCGAAGAAUUCCAAGAACGCGACAGUGGAUGGGCGUUGUCGCGAAUUCUAAAUUUGACUGUAAACGUGAAUAAAUAUGAUCCAAUGCACGCGGGAUGUUACAUCGAAUUGCCGCGGGAAAUUAUGUUAAAGCGAGCGGUGAUCAACGUACGAUCCAAGGACAAUGCGUGUUCGGUGGUCGCGGCUCUGCAUCCGGUCGAAAGGCAUACGAAUCGGGAAUUGUCGUGUUAUACCCGCAUUAUACGACAGUGUUAAAUCUCCAAGACAUUACGUUUCCGAUGACGUUAGAUCAAAUAAAGAAAUUUGAAUGAAUCAAUGACAUCUCAAUCAACGUUUACGGCUUCGAGGGAGGAAAGGAGAUUCUCCCGAUAUGGUUAACAGAUAAGAAGAUGGAGAAGCACGCAAAUCUAUUGUACGUGCAGGAUCCGCGGGACGACAACGCGGGGCACUUCGCGUACAUCAAAGAUCUGUCCCAUCUUGUGAGCUCGCAAAUAAACAAGAAGAAAUGCAAAAAAUACUUUUGCGACCGAUGUCUACAUUACUUCAGUUCUGAAAAAUCUGAAAAAUCUGAAAAAUUACAGUCACAUAUAACGGACUGCGAAAAGAUGAACAAUUGCGCCAUCCGACUGCUGAGCGAGGACGACAAGUGGCUCGAAUUCAAGAACCACACAAAUAAGGAACGACUUCCAUUCAUCGUUUAUGCGGACUUGGAGUGCGUACUAUGGCGAACGGAAUCGGCGAGAAGGAAGAGAAGGAAGAGAAGAAAGACAGCAUCGUACAGCACGAGAUAUUUAGCAUCGGAUACGUGCGAUGCUCGUACGACGACGCAUUAUCGGUAUAUCGAUUUCGUCGCGACGAAAAUUGCGUUGCGUGGUUCGUUCGGCAACUCGAAGACUUGGCGUAUCAAGUAAAAAUUCUGUUAUCCGCGAAUGUCCCCAUGGAAACGUUAUCGAGAGAGCAGUGGGAGGCAUAUCGUAGCGCGACGCGUUGUCAUAUUUGUGAAAAACCAUUUACGUCGGACGACACGCGGGUACGCGAUCAUUGCCAUCUUACCGAUUGUUACCGUGGUCCCGCGCACUCAAAUUGUAAUCUAAAUUAUAAAAGUUCAUAUUGCAUUCCCAUAGUAUUUCACAACUUAUCCGGUUAUGACGCGCACUUUAUCAUCACUUAUCACGGAAAUAGCUACGGCGUUCAAAGGCAGGAUCGACAUGCUGCCGAUAACAAAA